GAAGAGUAGGGCUUGAUCCCCAUACAUUCUCACCGGGACCAUGCCCAGUUCGUUGUUUGCGGACAUGGAGCGGCAUGGGGGCGGAGGAGGAGGAGAGACCCUGGAUGACCAAAGAGCUCUUCAGAUCGCCCUGGACCAACUCUCCCUCCUCGGCUUGGACAGCGACGAGACGGGCUCCUUUUACGAGAACGAGCCGCGCAAAAAGAGCGUGAACAUGACCGAAUGCGUCCCGGUGCCCAGCUCGGAACACGUCGCCGAGAUCGUGGGCAGGCAAGGUUGCAAAAUCAAAGCGCUGCGGGCCAAAACCAACACCUACAUCAAGACGCCGGUGCGGGGCGAGGAGCCGCUCUUCGUGGUGACGGGCAGGAAGGAAGACGUCGCCAUGGCCCGGCGGGAGAUCAUCUCGGCGGCGGAGCACUUCUCCAUGAUCCGCGCCUCCCGCAACAAAAGCACCGUCUUGAACGGCUCGGUGCCCAGCCCGCCCAACCUGCCGGGACAAACCACCAUCCAGGUGCGGGUGCCUUACCGCGUGGUGGGCUUGGUGGUGGGCCCCAAAGGAGCCACCAUCAAGCGCAUCCAGCAGCAAACGCACACCUACAUCGUCACGCCCAGCCGGGACAAGGAGCCGGUCUUCGAAGUGACGGGCAUGCCGGAGAACGUGGACCGCGCCCGGGAAGAGAUCGAGGCGCACAUCGCCAUGCGGACCGGCGGCUUGAUCGAACUGAUCGACGACAACGAUUUCCACGCCAACGGCACCGACGUGGGCUUCGAGCUGGGCGGAGGGGGCGCAGGCAGCCUCUGGAGCAAGCCCACGCCGCCCCCUCCGCCUCCGCCUCCGCCCUCCUCUUCCUCCUCCUCCUCCUCCUCCUCCAGCAGCAUCACCCCGACGCCCGCCCGCAAGCCUUUCUGCAGCUACCGCAACGACAGCUCCAGCUCGCUGGGCAGCGCUUCCACCGACUCCUACUUCGGCGGCAGCGCCCGCUUGGCCGAUUACAGCCCGCCCAGCCCGGCCGCCUUGGGCUUCCCGCCCAACGGCAACGCCGCCCCCGCCAGCACCACCACCACCAACGGCUACGGCGUCUACGGGAGCCCCGCGGAAAGCGGCGACGGCUGCCCCGCCGAGCCGCCGCCGCCUUUCGAUUCCCCGCCGGGCUUCGACCUGGCGCCGGCUCCCCCUCCGCAGCUGCUGUGGUCGCAGUACGAGCGCGCCCACCUGGCUUCCUCGCCCGCCGCCUUUCCCGGCUCGCCGGCGGCUCCCCCCGCCAACCUGGCCUUGUUGGUGAGCGGCGGGCAGCAGAGGCGGGGCGUCCCGCAGGCCCCGCCCCCGACGCGCCUGUCCCCGCCCCUCCACUCCGCUCCUGGGGGCGGGGCGCUGGCAGGCCCCGAGCAGCACCCGUUGGCGCGGCGGGUACGCAGCGAUCCGGGCGGCCGCUUCUUAGCCGCCGCCGCCGCCGCCGCUUCCUGCUGCUCCUCGUCCUCCUCCUCCUCUUCGUCGUCCUCUUGCUCCUACCCGCUCUACGCCAACGGGCUGGGCUGCCACUUGCCCGGCUUGCCCUCCGACUGCUCGCCGCCGCCGCCUUCCUCCUCCUCCUCCUCCGCCUCCAGCUCGUCCUCCAGCUCGUCCUGCUCCUCGUCCGGGCUGCGUCGGAAAGGCAGCCGCGACUGCUCGGUUUGCUUCGAGAGCGAGGUCAUCGCGGCGCUCGUGCCCUGCGGCCACAAUCUCUUCUGCAUGGAGUGUGCCAACCGCAUCUGCGAGAGGAACGAGCCCCAGUGCCCGGUCUGCCACAGCGCCGUCACUCAAGCCAUCCGCAUCUUUUCCUAAAAAAA